UUGGAAUCGAGACACAGCCCUCUUCCCUGUUCUCCUUCCUCGAUUCAGCAAACUCCCUCCUCAUUCUGGUGAAGCAGCAGCGAGACCCAAUAGCUUCCCGCUUAUGUGCACAGAGCUCCAUUACCGGUGAUGCGGAGGACCAGCGCGAUCGAGCGAUGGCUGUGAACCCAAACCGACGACGACAGCAGCCCUACCCCAUGAUUCCGAUGACCUUCAGCAGCGACAAGGGCGAUUGGGCGCCGACCAGCAACGGCAACUCGGGGCAGAGCUUCUGGCGGCAGGCUCUGCAGUUCCGUCAACCUUUUUCUGGUGACGGUGGUAUCCAAGAGCAGCAAGGUGGUCCUAAUGUCGGAAAUUAACGAUGGUGACGGUGACGGUCCUCGAAUUCUAUUUAUCCCGGUGACCCUCGGAAGCUAGGACAGUUAGGCAGCGGCUGCCUAGGCGUCAUCAUCAUCGGCCAAUGGCGAUUAGACAUGGUCGGCAAUGUGGUACGCGAUUGGUCAUGUCGACAAGAACCUUGGACAGCGGAGACGUGCCCGAUGGUGGUUCUUCGACCAUGUUGUUAGGAUACGGGAAAAAAAUUGAGGUGAGUAUGUGGACAUCUAACACUAGAUUAUGCAUCUAGGUUUGAAAUUCUGUUCAUAAUUAUUAUCGUGGUUGAUCUAUGUGACUUAUCUGUGUGAUUGUUGACUAUGGAUUCGGGGAUUGUUGUUGUUGAAUCAAAAAAGGGUAGUAUG